AGCAACAUGGUGAGAUUCCGUCUCUAAAAAAAGUAAAAAGUAGUUUUUCAAAAAAGAGAUGUGAUCCCCAGUGUUCGAGAUGGGGCCCAUAGGAGGUAUUGGGUCAUGGGGGCAGAUCCCUCAUGAAUGACUUGGUGCCCUGCCCUCAGUAAUGAGUAAAUUCUCACUCUGCUAGUUCAUUCAAGGGCUGGUUGUUUUAAAAGAGCCUAGCACCUUUCUUGCUCUCUCACCAUGCGACACACCUGCUCCCCCUUCACCUUACACCAUGAUGGGAAGCUUCCUGCGGCCUCACCAGAAGCAGAUGCUGGCACCAUGCUUCUUGUACAUCCUGCAAAACCAUGAGCUAAAUAAACCCGUUUUCUUUAUAAAUUACCAAACACAGGUAUUCCUUUCUAGCAAUGCACAAUGAGCUAAUACAGAUGGGGUUUCACUUUGUUGCCCAGGCUGGUCUUCAACUCCUGGUUCAAGCAGUCCUCCCACCUCAGCCUCCCCGAAUGCUUCUUGAACCUCCUAAUACUCUGCACAAUAUCUCAGUGCAGGCUUUCCUAAUGAUUUUCCUGUAUUGACACACGGGACCAGUCAAAUUCCCAUGGGCAGCCUCAGGGUUCUGUGGGAUUUCUUGAACACUAACUCCUCUCCCAAGAAAGAAGAGCAAAAUAAGUGAAUGGAAGGGAUGUUUGCUGUAGGGAAACUUUUGAGUUUUUUCUAAUUUAUCCAAGGAAAUCAGCCCUUCAGUUCUUUACCUAUCACGGAAACAGUGGCUGCUGAAACAGAAAUCUCAGACUCCAGAAAAGCCUCUUGUCAUCUCUCAGAUGGGUUCCAAAAAGAAGCCCAAAAUUAUCCAGCAGAACAAAAAAGAGACCUCACCUCAAGUGAAGGGAGAGGAGAUGCCGGCAGGAAAAGAGCAAGAGGCCAGCAGGGGCUCUGUUCCUUCAGGCUCCAAGAUGGACCGGAAGGCGCCAGUACCUCGCAGCAAGGCCAGUGGAGCAGAGCACAUUAAGAAAGGAACCAAGGAAAGGACAAAUAGUGAUAUUGUUCCAGAACGGGGGGACAUCAAGCAUAAGAAGCGGAAAGCUGAGGAGGCAGCCCCGGCCCCACCCACCGAGGAAGACAUCUGGUUUGACGACGUGGACCCGGCGGAUAUCGAAGCUGCCAUAGGUCCAGAGGCGGCCAAGAUAGCGAGGAAACAGUUGGGUCAGAGCGAGGGCAGCGUCAGCCUCAGCCUCGUGAAAGAGCAGGCCUUCGGCGGCCUGACAAGAGCCUUAGCCUUGGACUGUGAGAUGGUGGGCGUGGGCCCUAAGGGGGAGGACAGCGUGGCCGCCCGUGUAUCCAUCGUGAACCAGUAUGGGAAGUGCGUUUAUGAUAAGUACGUCAAACCAGCCGAGCCCGUGACGGACUAUAGGACAGCGGUCAGUGGGAUUCGGCCUGAGAACCUCAAGCAGGGAGAACAGCUUGAAGUUGUCCAGAAGGAAGUGGCAGAGAUGCUGAAGGGCAGAAUUCUAGUGGGACACGCUCUGCAUAAUGACCUGAAGGUACUGUUUCUUGAUCAUCCAAAAAAGAAGAUUCGAGACACACAGAAAUAUAAACCUUUCAAGAGUCAAGUAAAGAGUGGAAGGCCGUCUCUGCGACUACUUUCAGAGAAGAUCCUUGGGCUCCAGGUCCAGCAGGCGGAGCACUGUUCGAUUCAGGAUGCCCAGGCAGCAAUGAGGCUGUACGUCAUGGUGAAGAAGGAGUGGGAGAGCAUGGCCCGAGACAGGCGUCCCCUGCUGACCGCUCCACACCACUGCAGUGACGACACCUAGCAGCCCUGCCCGGCUGCUGCUGCUGCCCCGCUACAGAGGCAAUGUGACCAGUCACAGGGACAGAUCACAUCUCCCCACAGUGUCUACUCUGGUGAAACCUUUCCAGAAUCACGGCAGAGGGGCAUGGCGUGGUGCUACUGAGAACGUCCCCCUUCCUCUUGACUUUGUGGUCUGAGGCCUGGUCUUACUGUCCAUGUGUAUUUGGACCCGGAUGGUCGGGGUGGGGAGCAGGGGCUGCUAUGAGCAUGCCUGGCCAUGCUUUACGAACUGCUGACUGCCUGGGCGAGGCGAGGAUGAGGCCUGUGGGCCGCCAGCUCGUACAGUGCUGUCACCGCCCGUCUUCAGUGACCACUCACCCUGGGGUGAAGUGCUCAGCACCUUCCUCUUGGGGGGCCCCAUUUUCCUCCUUUGUCUCAGGGGACGUAACAAGCUCCGCUGGGCUUGAGGGGCCCAGACCCGGGGUCUGCAGUCAGCUCCUGAGACACGGCUGGCCAGCACAACGGGUGUUACAUCAGGAGCUUCCUGUGGCCGUUUGGACUUUGAGCGUUUAUCUAAAUUGGCCCAGGGUUGGCUGGUGGGUCACCCAGCAGAGGCUCCUCCCCGUAGCGCGAGGAUGUGUCGCCUGGGCAUGGUGACCGCGGCUAUUCCUGGAUGUCGGCAGACGUUGCCGACCUUGGGCUGUUUGAGCUAGAGGAGCUAUGUGAUGCUAGCCAGUGGCUUGCUUGGCUAGGCCGCGGUUUGAGACUCCCCUGGGAACUAGAGUCAGGAACAGCCAGUGGCACUGACCAGGGGAUGGAGUCCAAGGCGUUAUUGGGCCACCUGACAGUUGGACAGAAAAGGUGCAGACGCACCGAGGACGUGAUUUAAAAUAAAUGCAGAUGUUUACUU